UCCAGGUCGAUACCCUCGACGAGCCCUUUACCACAUUCGCCCACGUCCGGCCCAUCUCCGGCGCCUUCGGAUGGAUUUUCUCCCCUUUGUCACCCGAGCUCGUCUCCAUCUUCUCCCGCUCCACGGGGCCCUUCGUUGCCAUCUUCUACAGUGCCCUGGUCUGUCCUCCUUCCCCCUUCUACUUCCCCUCUCCCUUCCCUUCUUUGGUAGAGAGCUUCUUGUUCCAGGGUUUCCGAGGCUUUGCUCCCUUUCCCGAUCUCCUUUUUUGUUUCCUUCUCCCAACCCGAAAUCCCUUCUUGGGGUUCAGAAGAUCGCCAUUUUCUUCGUCACUGGCUUCGAGUAGGAUCGAUUCUUAGAGGUGUUCUAAUGGCUUCCAGCCAUCAUAGUAUGGAAGAAUCCGCCGAUUGCUCCUCCGCGUCGACCAUGCAGCUGAUGCUCCAGAGCUGUCAGGCCGAUCGCCGGCGCCUCCAGGAACGCGUCUCUGCUCUCGAAGACAACCUCAACUACAAGAAAACGCUCCUGGAGAACCACCAGAUUGAAACUAGAACAUUUGACUACGGGCUGAAGAAGUGCAUUGAGGACAAGGCGGCGGUGGCAGCAAAGUGCGCCAAGCUGGAGAAUGAAAUGAUGAAAUUGACGAUGCCCUGUGAAGAGCCGGCGAAGACUGAUGUGAGCGUGAGCGCAGAGGAGUUGAAGAACUCCAACAAGGAGAAGGAGAUGAUAGCAUCUGUGAGCAUCCAGCUGGAGAAUUUGAUGGAAAAUACAAGAAAAUUGGCUGCUGAGUUUGCAUCCUUUGAACAUGAUUUAGAAAGUGGGAUUAUCAAUUUCAAAAGUGCUGGAGAGGAGGUACGACGAUGGGAAUGCUUGUAUCCUUUUGAUGAAUAUAGACAUUGGUCUACCAGUUCCCAUAUCAAGUGACUUGAAUUUAAUUCUGAAAAUGCAUUGAACAUGGUCCUUAGUGGCCUGAAAUGGAAAAAGAUCUAGACUGAUACUGAAAAAAGUUCUUGUGUUUGAUUUGUGUUGCUAGUGUGUUUGAACCAAAUUGACAGGUUCGAGAGAAUGUUUUACUGAAGGAUUAGUUUCUCAUAAAUUGUCCACUUGUAUGCAUUUGAAAGUUAUCUCCACUUUGUCCUGGAUUUGAAACAGGUCACAAAAAUAAUGCCAUUCUGAAUGAUUUAAAGGAGGUAUUUUGUUUCUUUCCCAUAGAUCUUAGAGAAGGUAUAAGAUAUAGUGUUUGACCAUUUUCAUUGAAUAUUUUUCCCUUGGAUAUAUAUCAUAAUUCUGUUAAUUUAGUUGUAGUUCUCACAUCAGAGAAUGGAACUUUAGUAAUAUGUGCUCAUGUUCUUCAACAUCUCUCCUUUUUGCCCCCUUCCUACUAGCAUUUCUCAAAAAUUGUUUGUUUUGCUGGAAAUUUGUGCAUU